AUGGAGGAGGAGGAGGUGGUGGAGGACAAGCACACUGCUACGGACCCAGAUGCCGGUGUGAGUGGUCAGGUCCACUACAGCCUCCUGAACCACCAGCAGCUGUUCAGGAUCUCCUCCAACGGUUCCAUCUUCACCUCCCUCCCUCUGGACCGCGAGACCAGGGGACAUUACUACCUGGUGGUGGAGGCAUCGGACGGGGCGGUCAACCCCCGCAAGACCCGCCUCACGCUGUCCGUCGUCGUUAGCGACGUGGAUGACAACAGCCCGGUGUUCUCCCAGCCCUCGUACAACGUGACCCUGGCAGAGAACAGCCCCAAGAACACUGUCAUACUGCAGCUCAGAGCUGUAGAUCCAGACCUCCACUCCAACAUCACCUACCGUAUCCGUACGGUGGAGGCCCGGCAGCUUUUCUCCGUGCAGCCCUCCUCGGGGGAGCUGUCGGUGCUGCAGAGCCUGGACUUCGAGGCCCUGGCCGCCCCCAACGCCUCCUACAGCUUCCUGGUGGAGGCCGUGGACCUGGGGGGCAGCAUGCCCGCAGGCUUGGCCACCGUCACCGUCAAGAUCACGGACAUGAAUGACUACUCUCCAGUCUUCAGCCAGCCAUUGUACCGGGGCAUGGUGGCCCCAAACGCCGUCAAGGGAACCAUCGUUACCACAGUGACCGCCAAAGACCUGGACCCUCCGGACACCCCGGCCAGUCUGGUGCGCUACAGGGUGGACAGGGACUCCUCCCCCUACAGCGGCAGCAUCUUCACCGUGGACGAGACUUCCGGUAGCGUCCUGACGCGCGUCAACCUCAACGAGGAGCCCAACCUCAAGUUCAACCUGCUGGUGGUGGCCUAUGACGCCGGGGAGCCAGUGAAGGAGAACAGCACUCUGGUGGAAAUCACAGUCCUGCAACCUUCUGUCAUCCCUGUGUUCACCCAGGAGGAGUACAGGUUUCCUCCUGUCAGUGAGAAGGCGUCCGUAGGGACCAUGGUCGGCGUCAUACUUGCAGCAGCUGUCAAUCAAACCAUAAUCUACUCCAUCGUCGAGGGCAACAAGGGGGGCGAGUUUGCGGUGAACAACAGCACAGGAGUGAUCUCCACGGCCAGACCUCUGGACUACGAGAGGAACAGCAGCUUCAUCCUCAAGGUGGAGGCUGACUCCAUGAGGGUGGUGGCCUCCAACCAGCGAGCACCCUCCAAGGCCAACACAGCCAAGGUGGUGGUGCAGGUUCAGGAUGAGAACGACCACGCCCCCGAGUUCCUCCAGCCUCUGUACCUGGGGGGCGUGGCCGAGGACGCCAAGACCUUCACCUCCGUCCUGCAGGUCCAGGCUGUCGACAAGGACACGGGGAACUACAGUGCGAUGUCGUACCGUCUCGUCAUACCGCCCACGGCUGACGGCAAAGACGGCUUCGUCAUCGAACCUCUGACCGGCCUGAUCAAGACCGCCAUCAUGUACCGCAACCUGCGACGCUCCUACUUCAAGUUCACCGUCGUUGCCACCGACAACUACGGCGAGGGGCUCAGCAGCAAGGCGGAUGUUGUGGUGUCGGUGGUGAACCAGCUGGACAUGCAGGUGGUGGUCUCCAACGUUCCUCCCACCGUAGUGGAGCAGAACAAGGAUCAGCUGAUCAGUAUUCUGGAGCGGUACGUGCAGGAUCAGAUCCCGGGGGCCAAGGUGGUGGUGGAAUCCAUCGGGCCUCGUCGCUUCGGAGACGGCUUUGAGCAGGAGGAUUAUGGGAAGUCUGACCUGAUGGUGUACGCCAUCGACCCUCUGACCAACAGAGCCAUCUCCAGACAGGAGCUGUUCAAGUUCCUGGACGGGAAGUUGCUGGACAUCAACAAGGAGUUCCAGCCGUACCUGGGGGGGCGUGGCGGGCGCAUCCUGGAGGUGCGCACGCCGGACGUGGUGACCAGCGUGAGGAAGGCCGUGCAGACGCUGGGCUACAGCGAGGGGGCGCUGCUCGCCCUCGCCAUCAUCAUCAUCCUCUGCUGCAUCCCUGCCAUCCUCAUCGUCAUCGUCACCUACAGGCAGUUUAAAGAGCGCCAGGCAGAGUGCGCCAAGACAGCCCGUAUUCAGAUGGCCCUGCCAAGCGGCAAGACUGUGGGCGCCCCCACCAACAACCUGUACGAGGAGCUUGGAGACAGCACCAUGCGCGGGUAUGGCCUUCAGGAGCAACAACAGCUACUCAGACCGGCCCUGCUGAGACCGGAGGAGCUCUCUAUGGAGUCUGGAAUCGACCCUGGACAAGAUUACUACACUCAGGAUUACUACAAUUAUGAUCACGGGUAUGACAUUCCCCAGUACGGCAGCCGCAGGAAGCUGAUCUCUCCGACAGGCCUGUAUGACGAGUACGGAGAGGUGGUGGUGGAGGACGACGGGAGCUACUACUACAGCCCCCAGGAGUCUGAGGGAGAGUACGGAAGGAAAAAACGUAUCAAGCUGGUGGUGGACCGGGAGUACGAGACCAGCUCUACCGGGGACGACAGCGCCCCAGAGUCCAUCCACCGGAACCGGCUGUCCAACAGCCACGUUAACGGGAGCGUGUACCUGGCCCAGAACGGCUCCGUCAUACGGACCCGCCGCGCGCUGGGCGCCAAUGCCGUCUCCGCGGCGACACACGUCAACAACAUCAAGGUGGGCUCCUCCCCCUCGGUCAGCUCGCGGCUGGCCAAGCACUUCAGGAAGCUGGACAAGAUGGCCGCCACGCAGGAGGAGAAGCUGCCCCUGGGAAGCCCCGCCCUUGCCGCCUCUGGCUCCUCCCUCCGCACCAACAAGGCCGCCGACAAGCCCCUGAACACGGCGCUCUCCAGCUGCUCUCUGGGCUCCAGCCUCUCCGGACUGGAGAGCCUGGCCUCGCGCUCCUACCUGGCAACCGGCAGCCUGUGGGGGCGGAUGCAGAGGAACCUGGAGGAGGAGGAG